UUUCAAAAGAUUUGCCGUCUCUGAGUCUACAAUUACUUUGAUAACAGUAUAUCCGUACAAGACACACUUCCACAGUGGGAGCGGUCAUUUUGGUUUUGGUGCAGUUCACCGAUUCCCGGAGUCCCAGGUAAAUCCGCUGCUUCAGCGGUGACGCACCGGUGAAUUUAAGAACAGUUCGUUGAGCAACUGGUUUAAUUAACAACGCACCCUAUCAAAUAUGAAACUUUGAAAAUAUAGCUCACUUAACUAACGCUACCGGCGUAGUGUCUUCUGGGAAUACUCGUUUAUCUGGUACGCGGAAAGGUGUUUCCAGUCAGCAGAAAUGCAGAGGAAAACUACAACUCCCGUCACGCAUGUGAACAACAUGCUGGCUUUGUAUUUAACUUCCUGUCAAGUCUUAACAUUUUUCUUGCUGUUGUGAUGAUUUUAUUUGGUCACUUUUUAAAAUCUACUUCAGAAAACUGAAUUCGAAAACAGAAUGAUGCAACCUCAAUUAUUCAACACCACUCAGCAUCAUACUCAGUUGAGGUUUUUCAUGUGACAUUAUCACAGCACGGCUCGGCAAUACUGGCGGUCAGAAAGCAUUGGCGGGCAGACAACUUAACUAAGGGCGGACGUUACACUUUCGAUUUUACAAUGCCAGAUGUGUGUUAUGCUGUUGGGUGCACCAACAGAAGAGGAAAAGUUCCGAGUAUCCUUCUACAGGAUUCCUGCUGAGCCAGACAGGAGGGCAAAGUGGAUUUCAGCCAUUAACAGAGUAGCAAAAACGGAUUCGAACCCAAAGUCGAAGACCGAUUGGACUCCAACUCAGUAUACACGUUUGAGUAGUGAACACUUUAUAAAAGGGAAGGAAUCUGAUAACUCCCUGUCCCCUGACUAUGUGCCAUCUAUCUUCAACCAUACACCUUCUAAAAGGAAAAAUAAGAAGACCAGAGACACGGAGAGAUUUGAGGGUAGGCAGGACAUGAGGAGGAGGAAGAGGCGAGAGGAGGAGAGUGAAGGGCUCCUGGAUCUGUCAGCUACACAGCAGGAGUUACAAGACCCUGUACCUCCUGUGCAGGAAGUAAAGGCGAGGGUGUGUGAAAGUGAACAUCGUAGAGACUAUAUCCGAUCUUUAGAAAGUGAGUGCCAGGCCUUGAGAGAAGAAAAUGAUCAUUUAAAAAGCACAAUCAAGUUAUUUUCAAACAUUCUUUAAAGAUAAUGAUUUGAAGGUGAAGACAAUGGCUGGACUACCUUCAUUUGAAAAAUGAAAUACUACUCAUUUUAGUCAUUAUUUAAAAGAGCAAUCAUCGAAAGCUGCUAAAAUCGACAGACACUUUAAAAUUUUGAGGCAGCACAGUCUCCGUUGCCUCCUCUAAGAAGCUUCCACUGAUAUAACGAUGCCUCCCUUUUUAUAGUGAAAGCAAUUAACAUUGUGUUUCUUAUUGCCUUCAAUUACUUGUUUUCUACUUAAAUACACAUAAUACACAAUAAAUACACUUGAUGCAAGAUGAUUAUUUUCACUCCUUAAAGAGUAAGUAGUGGGAUUAUGAAAAAAAAAAAGUGUUAUGCACUUUUACAACUGUUUAAAUAAUGGACC